UUGGAGAAAGACAGACAUGGAAAUACUUCAUCGUCGUCGUCAUCUCCUUUUGUAUGUGCUGCUUGUUGUAGUCUAUUUUUUCUCUUGCACUGAAAGUCUUAGUCGGAGAGAUUUUCCAGCUGGUUUCAUAUUUGGAGGGGCCUCAAGUGCUUACCAGUAUGAAGGGGCUGCAUAUCAGCGUGGAAAAGGACCUAGCAUAUGGGACACUUUCACCAGGGAACAUCCAGAAAAAAUUGCGGACCAUACUACAGGGGAUAUAGCUGAUAAUUUUUACUAUCGUUUUGAGGGGGACAUAGCUCUGAUGAGAGAAAUUGGUUUAGACUUCUUUAGGUUCUCCAUCUCAUGGACCAGAAUACUACCUAAAGGAAAAGUAAGUGGAGGAGUGAACCAAAAAGGGGUCAUAUUCUACAAUAACCUCAUAAAUGAGCUUUUAUCUCAAGGUUUAAAACCAUUUGUAACUCUAUUCCAUUGGGACCUUCCACAAGCUCUUGAAGAUGAGUAUGGUGGAUUCUUGAGCCCAAACAUAGUGGAUGAUUAUCUCAACUACGUGGACUUCUGCUUCAAAGAAUUUGGUGAUAGAGUGAAGUUUUGGAUCACAAUUAAUGAACCAAAUUUAUUUACCAUUGGAGGGUAUGCAACAGGCACCGCGGCACCUGGUCGUUGCUCUAAUUAUGUCGGAAAUUGCACAUAUGGGAAUUCUGGGACAGAACCCUAUAUAGUGGGACAUAAUUUACUUCUUUCACAUGCAGCUGCUGUGAAACUGUACAAGAAAAAGUAUCAGGCUUUUCAAAUGGGAGAAAUUGGGAUUACAGUAGCGAGUUAUUGGAUAUUGCCCAAAUAUCAAACAGUUGCCAGCACCAAGGCUGCAUUUAGAGGCCUUGAUUUUAAUUUUGGAUGGUUUGUUAAUCCAAUAAUUUUUGGGGACUACCCUGAGACCAUGAGAGCUCUGGUUGGGACUCGACUACCUAUAUUUACUGAAUUGCAAUCCAAGAUGCUAAAGGGUUCUCUGGAUUUCCUUGGAGUAAAUUACUACACCGCAAGAUAUGCAGAUGACUCUACAUCUUCUAGUAGCAUUAACCUCAGUUACACAACAGAUAGCCAUGUAAAUCUAACUACGGAAAAGGAUGGCAUUCCUAUUGGUCAACCAACCGCUACUAGCUGGCUUUACGUUUAUCCAAGAGGAAUUCGAGAACUUGUGCUAUAUGUAAAUAAAAAAUACAACAAUCCACCUAUUUACAUUACAGAAAAUGGAGUUGGUGAUAAUGGCUCAUUGCCAAUUCAAGAGGCACUCAAUGAUAGCUUGAGGUUAAAUUACCACCAUAGUCAUCUAUCAAAUCUCUUGAAGGCUAUAAGGGCUGGGGUUGACGUGAGGGGAUACUUUGCAUGGUCAUUUCUUGAUGACUUCGAAUGGGAAUCUGGUUUUACUCUUCGGUUUGGUAUCAAUUAUGUAGAUUACAAAAAUGGGUUGAAAAGAUACAUGAAAGCCUCUGCUUUUUGGUUCAAAAAUUUCCUUCAAAAGAAAAAUGUCACCUGCAGUAGCGACUGA